AUGCUACAAUCUGCAAUGAAAAAGAAGACAUCAUCAUCAUCAUCAUCCGUUUCCAUGAUGCCAGACUGGUCUCGUCUGCCAGAGGAGCUACUGCACAUUAUAUCCGAGAAUGUGGAGGACUGUUUCGAUAUUGUUCAUGCUCGUUCUGUUUCCAACUCGUGGCGAUCCACAUUUUCCUUUCCUUGCAUGUUACGCCGCCAAAGUAACUCUCUUCCUUCCUUCGUCAACUUCCCUAGCGAAAGCAAAGACUUGUGCACCCUUGAGAAGAUCCCUUUGUUCCUCUUUCGAGUCCAAACUCCUCCUCCUGCCUCGGCUUCUGAGUAUUUGCUAGGAGGGAUAGGCCGAGAUGAGUCAGAGGAUCUGACAGAGCUUCCAUCUCCUGUUCAGUGUUCAGUGAAAGUGAAGAUCCCAGGAUACGAGCCAACUUUUAUGAACAUGCGUGACGGCCAGAUCUUCCCUCUUGGCCAUCAGUACAGAAUCAGUUGUGAUUCUAAAGACUACAGAAGCGUAGCUUUUCUUCAGCUAAACCAGGAGGGAAGAGAAGAAUUCAUUGUGCUUCUCGGCUUCAGUAGCUUUUUUUUGGCGUUAAGAAGUUAUGAAAUGAAGUGGAAGCUGGUUAUGGAAUUCAGAACUCCUUUAUCUGACGAUAUAGUAACUUUCAGACGCAGGUUUUAUGUAACCGUUCGUGAUACGAGUUUGACUAAGAUCUAUACUUUCAGGAUGGAUCCUUUCUCGUUGCGCAUGACUCGCUUGAUGCCCCUGAAUAAUGUGGGCUCGCUAAAAUAUCUGGUGCCAUGUGGCAAUGAUGACGAACUUUUCAUGGUUGAGAAAUUCCUCUCUUUUUAUAAUAAUGUAAUAGAUUUUUCUCGGUUCACAUGCAAAGUGAGUAGGCUACAAGAGGAGACUGGUAUAUGGGUUGAGGUCAGUGACUUAGGAGACCGCGUGUUGUUUAUUGGACGCUUUGGAAAUGUCUCAUGCUCGGCUAAGGAGCUUCCUGAUGGUUGUGGUGUAAGUGGGAACUCAAUUCUGUUCACAAAUGAGCUAGACAAUGGAACAUACGUCUACAAAUAUGGAGUGGAUACAGGAAGAGAGGCAGAUGAUCUCAACUGUUGGAAUUUCUCAGGAGAGAAUCGUGUGACUAUCCUCAGUACAUCUCCCGUGGUGAGUUUCCGUGUUGAACACUAA